AUGGGGCUGUGUGCGUUCGUGCUGUUGGGGAAUUGCGCGACGCAGGCGUGUUACGUCGGUUUCGGAGCGGCGUGGCCGAGGAAUCCAUGGCAAGCGGACGCGCUGCGGUAUUUAGGGUUCGGAAGAUUGGAUGGCAUCAUAGACUACGUGCUGUUCUUUGUGCCUUAUUUCGGGAUCGCGCUCGCGGGAGGAAGUAAGCUGUACGUGGAUGGGGCGAGCGAGCGCGCGAGCGCGCUCGACGGCGGCGACGCGGAAGGGGCGUUUGCGACGACAGUGAGCGAUAAGGAGACGGUGAUGCGCGUGACGGUGUGUACGGCGGCGUUAGCGGCGGUGACAGUGCCUUCACUGUCGUCGAUGAUGUAUUUAUUAUUCGUGGUGUCGUAUUUCGCAACUGAGAUGCGGCGCGGCGUCGGUGGCAAAUUUCAAGGUGCGCGCGAGAGUUUAUUAAAUCUUCCGCGAAGGGCCACGGUGGCGUGCUUGUGCUACACCGCGAUUCAUUUCAUGGCAAUUUACAUGUAUCAGUUACCGGAGUUGCAAGACGCGGCGCGAGAGUCUUCGGCGCAGUUGCUUGGGUUGUAUUCGAUGGAUAGGACGGAAGGGCCGGUGGCGCGAUUGUUGCGUUUGACGCAAAUCAUCGCUAUCGGCGGGCUAUUCAUGGCGCUGUGUGCGGUGGAGUCACACGACAGCGAUUACGAUACCGCAGACGGUGAAGGUAUUAGAGCGCCUUUGAUGGAGGGGGAGUCAGCUUCAGAUGCAGACGUCGUGGACACCUACGAUGACGCGGGAACAGUCGCCCGCUUGCUGGCUCGAUUUGGCGGCGUCUUGGCUGGCUUUACGUUACUCGCGACGUCAUUACUCGUCGUUAACGUAAUUGCGUACCCCAUGCUUUUGCUAGGAUUGAUUCUCGUCGUGAACCCAACGCGUCACACGACGUUUGCGAACGUGCACGGUCCGGUGAUUUUCGCCUACGUCGCGCUUUGGAGCGUUGGAGAGUACGCCCUGCUUUGCAUUCCACCAGUGAUGAUGUCAUCCAUGAACGGCAAAGUAAGAGUUUUGCUACAAAUAUUCGGUGCAUCGCCAGCGCACAACGGCGAGCAAUCGGGCAUUAACGCGUGUUAUAUGGGCAGUUUAGUAGCCACGCUCACCUUUGUCGGUUGGCUCACAAAGAACGCCAAGAGUACCCCGACGGAUGACGUUCUGGAACAAAGAGUGCAGGAUGGUGUCAUUGUGGAUUUUGUACCAUUAGAUGACCUUGAGAUUGAGCAUAACCCGGCCGUCGACGACAGUCGCUUGAUGUGGGAUUUGCCUUUAGUUCAGUUGAUCUCACACCUCUUGGUGCCCUUCGCACUGUGGAUUGUGGCUCUAUCGCGAGCCGAUUUACUCCACGCCGCAUUGCUAUUGGCAUUCUUGUUCAAUAUCCUCAAACCGGGAGACCGGACGGUAUUGCAUCUGACGGCACAAACACUCGCUGGCUUUGUUGCGGCGUUGUAUCUGUGGGCGAUGAAUGAACACGUUAAUAUAUUCAAUGUGUACCACACGAAGUGGGCGACGACAUUGCGUGUUUUAGGCCUUGAGCAAUCAAACAUGAUUCACACGACUGGACCUUUCGCCUGCGUUUUGGUGGUAAUUUGCAUCGUGCUGUACCUGCAGAAGGUCCUUAACGCGCUGACGCCGGAAACUGAGGAAGAUAGUGCGCCUGGCCAGGGAACCUUGAACUCAUUGGUGUCUUUGGGUAAAGCCGUAGUGUACGAGUGCUCGUUGGUGCUCAUGAAGUUGAUGACGCGCUUUGGCGCUUAUUUAGUGCUCUUGGUUGGUCUGGUGACGCUCGAAACGUCGCAGUGUUCGCUGAUAAACUUGACACUUCUCGUACUCCUUGGAUUGAAUUGCAUCGCUAAACGGCACUCAGAAGAAACCGAGUCCGGUCGAUGGCGCGCUGUUCUGUUGUUCUGUUUAUUCAAUCUCGCGAGUCGUUACGCCUUUGGCGCUUUCCCGCUCGACGAAAUUUUUGGAUUCUCCACCGAGUUCAAGGCGUUCCUCUCAAACGCGGUAGGGUUGGCGCAAAAUGUCGAGCCAGGCAAGCUCAUGGCUGAAUUGAUCGGACCGAGCACUCUCCUCGUCGUAACAUAUUUCCACGAGAUUGGAUUGCUCACGAUGAGCAAUGCAGUGGAUGCGAGACGAAGUCUGCCGUUGGCCGCAACCGAGCUUGGCUUUCUGCCACUUGUGAAGCGAGCCAUCAUUUUGCACACAAAUAAAAUCGUUACCCUCUGUGCAAUCUUGUUUAGUCUCGAGCGCCGAGAUUUGCUCGGAUUAUUGAUGCUCGCAGCACUCAUCGCAGCGACGUUGUCGAUGAAAACGAGCGAUGGUCCCACCGAACUGGUUGGUACAGUUGCACUCAUUUCUGCCAUCAUCGAUUACGCCUAUAAGAUUCAAUACACUCAAGCGGGACAACAUUGGGGUAUUUUGACUCUCUUGGGUGCGCAUAAGUGGCCAGAAUCGCCGAGUGAUUUCAUACCAGAGAAUGAAUCCAUGCUUCGCUAUCCGGUGCUGGUGAUACUUUCCGUUGAGUUGACCAAGGCGACACGCUUCUGGUUGAGGAAACUACCACCGGCGUUGAAAUCUGGAUGUUCUCCUGAACCUUGUCACCUCUUCUGGCCGCAACGCGACGCACGAGCGAUGCUUGUUCAACGAAAAACGGAAAACACCGAUGCAAGCAAGGAAAUGGACGACUUAGAUGACAAAGCAAUGUCUGAAAUCUCGGAGAGCACGUCCGACAUCGCGGAUGAAGGCGAAAGUGCGGCGAGCGAUGAGGCACGUCGCGAAUUCACUAAGCGAGUGAGAGAAAAUGCACAAACGAAUCUGGGACAGAUGAUUAUGCUCCUUUCCAUCGUUCCUGAAAUGAUUGAAGGCAUGAUGGCGAAUCUCAUGCCAGGUUUGUUGUACGUAGUCUUUGCGAUUGUCGGAAUCGCGUCUACAAACAUGCUGUCUCUCGUCUACUUAGGGGUAACUUUCAAGUUGAUUAACAGUAAGCUUGGGUCCACGCCGCGUGACCGCUUGCUCUUAUGGCGCUUUACUACGGCGAUCUGCGCCUUGAUAGUCCUAUGGCAGUACGUUGUCUCGAUUGAUAUCGUGCAAAACCGCGUGGAUGACGUUCCGCCGUCUCCUCCACCAUCGCCGUCGUUUGCACGGGCACUCCUCUCCACUGCGAGCGAACAAAUGCGGCUUUCACGAGAGACUAGACAGUGGCUUGCCGUUUACCCAUGCAGCAAAAUGAUGCUGUUUGGCUAUUUUAGCGCUUUCUUUAUCGCCGCUUGCCAACUGAGGAUGGAUGCCAUUUUAGCAGCUCUGGAAGAGCGCGCGCGAAUGACGAUAGAGGCGACGCAAGCAGAAGGCGCGGAGUUAGAUGAAGCUAUGAUUUCAGAGUUGAUCGCCACGAUGGUACCGAGGCAAACACCGACACAAGUUGCUUUGCUCCCGCCGGAAACGCAGGAGACGUCGUACUUUGACAUCUUAUUCGCACCGCUUACCUGGGAAGCAAGUACAAAUUGGACCAUCCUUGAAUGGAUGCGAUACUUUUACUUGCGAUACGCAGUUGACUGGGCAUUGGUCAUGGUGAUUUUCUUUGGCACUUUUUCGCGAGAUCUCAUGCACGUUGGCUAUUUGAUUUUGCCAUUCUAUUUUCUCCGUACGCGCGAUUCUUUGAGUAUGGACAGUCUGAUGGGCUUGAGAAUUUUGCAACUGUACAACGUAUCCGUCAUCGGCGCGAUUCUCCUUUACCAAGCUCCGCUUGAAGGCUUACUAGGUGACUGGUACGUAUCUGUUGAGUCUGAAUGUUCGCUACUUCAAGGCUUUGGAUUUUACAAGCUUCCCACGGUGCUCGGAUGGCAGUCUGGUCAACUUUCACCGGAUUUGGUCAUUUUUGCCAUCGUUCACUUGUUGAGAAGCAUCAUCACUCAGCCCACAUACAAAGCCGCGAUGAUUAUGCGUCGCCAGUCCAUUGAAGCGGAGCGCAUUGUCGACGAUGCGUUGAAGCGGGGAUGGAUUCAUGAAAGUUUGGCAACUUGUUUGACCAAGGUGAGCGAGAAAGAAAAUCGUCGUCAAAGAGUAGAGGACAUCAGGAACGAAAUCACAAGUCUGUCUCGAGAGAUUCUCGCUGUGGAAAGUCGAGGCACUCGUCGCAAACCGACGGGCGACCGCAAGCCACCAAGUGAUACAAUCCGCCGUCGGCGUGGCGUCAGAGACAGCGAUGACGAUGAGAACAAUGAAGAAUGGAUCAGAGAAGACGAAGACAACGCCGAAAGGCAGGACUUGCGAGCAGCGCAACUCCGUGAUCACGAGCUGAAGAUGCGCACGAGUGUGGAUGACCCGAAGAAGGAUUUGACAGCCUUACUUCAUACCUGGCUUGGUGAUCGCAGCUCCACAAUUGGCUUAUUAUUUGGCGCCUUUUUGAAAGCAUGGCCGUGGUUGACAGCACCCCGGUAUUCAAUGUGCUAUUUUUUCAUGAUACUGGCUUUUGCCAUCGAUUUCUCCAUCGCUGCUCUCGUCUUUCCCACGUCAAUCAUCGCAUACGGACUGAUGACGUAUCCAGUGGUGCCUGCCGGAUUUUGGCGAUUGAUUCUCUUGUACGCCGAAUUAUCGCUCGCCGUUGCGUACGUUGUUACUAUUCCUUGUUCUUUGCAAUGCUCGGGUAUGACCGCCUGCGCUCAUACGGGAGUCGUGUUCGGUAUCCAGGAUGCCAGUAGUGCGUUUGUCCCUUCCAUGAUUGGUGCGUUCAUGGCAUACAUCGCCAUCACGGUGCACCACAGCGCUCAGCAAACACCAAGAGAUGAAAUUCAUCGUCGCGAAGAGCGUGACGAGGGCAAUAACGGCGACUUGUUCGCCGCGAACGCCCUGUUUUCCAGGUUUAAAAAUGUCCAUUUUGCGGAAUUUGAAAUGAAUUUCGCGCGCCAAGACGAUUCUGAGUCUUCACCUUUCCACAUCGAAGUCUCUCGAGGAUUGCUAGCAGAAAUGGAUAAUUUCUUCCAACGAAUCUUAACUCCGGAAGCUGAGUAUGGUCCGUCAUUCGUAGCGCUUUCAGUCCUCGCACAGGAAGAUGCAGAGCCAGAUUGGGAUGAAAUUGUCGCCCGAGUGAACGACGCACUCAUUAAUCACCAGACGAUUUCUGAAGGUGGCUCAAAACUACCGCUUUCGUACUACACGCUCGAGUUUGUGCAAGUAGACACCGAUAGUCUACGAACGAGCCCGGGACAUCGUGCCGCAAUAUUCCGCGUUAUAGCCCCAGUUUCCGUCCUUCGUCCUAGUGCGGAGGCGAGUAAAGCGCUUGAGGCGAUGCAACUCAGAGAAGCUGCUGGCGGCUCAGAUGUAGCCCCGCUUGGCCUCACGUCUGUUCGUGGUUUCCACCAAGAAGGUCAGGACUUUUACACCGCGACGCUUUGUUUCGACAUCCUCGCAACAUUCUUCGUGGCGAUUUGCUAUCAAAACACGGUGGACUCAGAUGCAGAGGCAUUGGUGGAGACAUACUAUCAAGGUUUGUUCAAAAUUGACUACGUCGUAUCCGUCUUCAUUUGCUUGGUACUCAUCGUCGUUGAUGGAGUGAUUUACAUGAAAAAAGCAAAGAUUGCCAAAGUUUUCUACCACUACUUGACGUAUGCUGGAUUUGUUGGAUUUUUGUUGAUGAUUUUCCACCAGAACACGACGGCACGUCACUCGUAUUUGCAAUUCUUUUUCCUCCUUAAGUCGUUGUCGUUCACUCUCGGAGCGCGACAAAUACGCUGUGGGUUCCCAGCUGAAGUAUUCACGAACAGCUUGAUCUUCCAGCGUUCUGAUAUUAUUUCUUUUGGAGCUUUCAUGGCGUACUUUUCGAUUCCGUUCAUGUACGAAUUACGCGUGUUGCUCGAAUAUGCUUGCACGGACAGCGCCCUGGAUCUUUACGACUGGUUGAAGCUUGAGAACAUCUCGCGUGACUUGUUCAGAAUCAACGUCCGGAAUAACACUUAUAGAAAGUAUCAUCCGUUCGGUCAACCCCAACCAUGGUGGAAAAAAGUUUUCCUCGAGGGUGGUGGUCUUUUUACGAUCAUUUUCAGUCUGUUGGUCGUGCCGUUCUUCGUAUUCAGCACAUCAAACCCACAAGUCGACAUCAAUCCAGUCUACGAUAUUCGGUUCAACAUGAGCUUGAUUGGAGCAGAAAACACCUUCAAGUAUCCAAUCUUUGAAGGCGGAUUCAGAAAAACGAUUGAAACGAUGCCGUGGUCGACUCUUCGCACGGAUGGACCGAUACCAAUGAUAAACAAGCCUGGACAAAUACAGGAGGCGUGUUUGGCGAAAGACAGCGACACCGUCUGGUCGCCCCCUCCACCUUCUAUCGAGGCUUUGAAGAAGUCUCUCUCAAGUGGUGCAAAACUAACCACGGGUUGGAUGUUUAAACGUCAUUUACCGCUGGAUAAUCCUAUUUUAUAUUCAGAAGGCGUCGACUACACCUUUGCAGAAGACGAAGCCGCCGCGCUUAUCAGAGUGCUCAACGGCGAACAAAACAAUGUCUUCUUGGAAAACAUUUACCCGCGAGUUUGGCACUUGCACGGCAAAGGUUCGCCCGUGCCGAAUUAUUCGAGUCAACAAAGUAUAAGUUGCACGCUUGCCCUGAAUGGGUACAACACGACCUCACCGUGGUGGUCCGUCGAUUGCGGAACAUACGUCGUUCCCCUCGCAGCCUCGGAAGAGAAUCGACAGAGUUUGGAUUGGUGGCGACCCUGCAGUGCGUUUGAGAACGGUCCUGAGAUCGUGUUGAUCUCAUCCGAAGUACCGACCGGCGUUUUUGCGACGUUCAGUCAAUUUGUUGGUGGUCUGACGGGCGUGUACGUCGUCUACAUCUUAACUUUGGCGUCCAUCGUUCGAGGCUUCACCAACAAUCUCGUCGGCAGCAUCCAGCACGUCGAUUUGCCAUCAACGCACCGUCUCAUCUCGCUGUGCAGCGAUAUUUACAGCGCGCGUCAAGUGAGAGAUUUUGUUCUCGAGGAGCGUCUUUAUUGGCUUCUCAUCCGUAUCUACCGUUCUCCAGCCGUGCUGUUCGAGUUUACUCGAACGUCGGAUGGCAGCGCGAUGCCCCUGCGUCCGAAGACGUCUUGA